UCCCGGAUGGUCUCAAUCGCGCAAACGCAGGCUUUCCUGGGAGGCGUUUGCAGACGUGGCUGGGGUCGCCUGGCAAGGCGCAGCGGGCACCCAUUUCCCCAGAGCCAUGGAUGCCAUGGAACUUGCCAGAAAACUGCAGGAGGAGGCUACAUGCUCCAUCUGCCUCGACUACUUCACAGAUCCUGUGAUGACUAACUGUGGUCACAACUUCUGCCGGGAGUGCAUCCAGCUGACCUGGGAGAAGACCAAAGCCCAGAAAAGGAGGAGGAAGCAGAAGGGUUCCUUCCCCUGCCCUGAAUGCCGCGAGCUGUCCCCCCAGAGGAACCUGCGGCCCAACCGUCUCCUGACCAAGGUGGCUGAGAUGGCGCGCCAGCAGCCCAGCCUGCGGAGCAGGGACCUGUGCCAGGUGCACCAGGAGCUGCUCAAACUCUUUUGUGAGGACGACCAGAGACCCAUCUGCGUCAUCUGCAGGGAGUCCCAGGAACACCGGCCCCACAGGGUGGUCCCUAUUGAGGAGGCUGUGCAGGAGUACAAGUUGAAGCUGGAGGAAGACAUGGAGUGCUUGCAAGAGGAGAUGGUGAAGACGAGGAAGUUGCAGGCAAAGGAGGAACAGACCUUGGCCGAGUGGCAGGAGAAGGUGAAGGAGCGGAGGGAGCGCAUCGUGGUCGAGUUUGAGAAGACGGGCCUCUUCCUGAUGGAGGCGAAGCAGCGCCUCCUCCAAGCCUUGAAGGAGGAGGAGGAGGAGACAGUGGCAAAGCUGCAGAAGAGCAUGGCCUCGCUCGCGCAGCAGGGUCACUCCUUGGAGAUGCUGCUGCUGCAGCUGGAGGACAGGAAUGAACGCACCCCGUUCCAGAUGCUGCAGGAUAUGAACCACGUUCUCAGCAGGAAGGACAGCCUGAGUGUGCAGUACCCAGAGGCUACCCUCACCAUGCUGAGGACAGUCUGCAGGGUCCCCGGGCAGAUAGAGGUGCUCAAGCGUUUCCAAGAAGAUGUGGUGCCAGACCCAACCACAGCCUACCCCUACCUCCUCUUGUACGAGAUCAGCCAGAGGCGCUACCUGAGCACCCCGCUGGAUGGCGCACCCCAUGGCCAAGACAGGUUCCUGGCCUACCCUUGUGCAGUGGGCCAAGAGACCUUCUCCUCGGGGAGGCACUACUGGGAGGUGGGCAUGAACCUCACUGGUGAUGCGCUGUGGGCCCUAGGCGUGUGCAGGGACAACGUCAGCCGGAGGGGCAGGGUCCCUAAGUCCCCGGAAAAUGGGUUCUGGGUGGUACAGCUAUGCAAGGGAGAGAGGUAUGCACCUGCUACGUCUUCUGUGACCCCCAUCACGCUGACUGAGCCCCCCAGCCACAUGGGCGUCUUCCUGGACUUCGAGGCCGGAGAGGUGUCCUUCUACAAUGUGAAUGAUGGGUCCCACCUGCAUACCUACUCCCAGCCUGCCUUCCCUGGCCCCCUGCAGCCCUUCUUCUGCCUUGGGACCCCCAAAUCGGGCCAGAUGGUCAUUUCUACAGUGACCCUGUGGGUGAAGGGAUAG